UUCAACUUUGACCCGUGACGUCAUUAAUCGACGGCAAGCCAGAGGAAGCAAAACUCUAAACCCGGACGUCUCACAGUCUACCGUGGUCUUGUUUCGUUGCAUUGUUUGCAUUUUUUGGCCGGAUUAGGUAUAUUUGACUGCUGUGUGAAGACUGUGACAAACGGAAUGGCUCUGGAUCAGUUCAGUGAUGUGGUCCAGAGAUGUCAAGCCCUAUCUGCUGACAAGUACUCCACAGAGGACCAUGAGGUCUUCAUGACUGCCGGUCAUGCAUGCAUCAAGGCAGGAAAUGGUGCUCAAGUGCUGAGUAUCGUUCUGGAUGACAAAAAUCAGGACAUAGUGAGGUGUAUGGGAUGGAACCUUCUGCCUCCGCUGGUUCAAGUUCUUUUAAAGAAGGAAGAUAAGAACCUCCAUCAAUGCCUGGCCAUUUUCAAUCACCUGCUUGAGGUUGCCAGACCAAAAGAGUUGCUGAUUGGCCUUCUGGAGCAGCUAGAGCAGGAGGAACCUGUCGCCAUAGCAGAGAGCCUCAAUUUACUGUUAAAGCCCCUACAAAAAGUGCUCUUGCGCCUGGGCAGCCGUAAGGCGUCAUCUUUAGGCAUGGCGUUGUCCUCUGCCCUGGACCAGGUAGCCAAACUGCCUGUUCCUCACACCAAGGAGCAAGAGGAAGAUGACGUCUUCUCGCUUUGUCGCUGCUGCGCUGACCUAACCGUCUUCGUCAGACCCUUCGUCCAAGAGGCCAAAGAAAACAUCUUUAUCGGUAACGCUGAGCAAAAUGAGAGCGGCAAAAAGAUGUUGGCCGUACCCGACGGGGUGUUAUUGGAUAAAGAGGAGCUGAGGGCGGAGCUGCUGAAGUUCUGUAUGAGCACGCUGAGUCGCCCUCUUCUGGAGGUACAGCUCAGGGAUUUCGACACGCUGGCUGUUUCUCCGCUCAGGAAUUUUGCCAGAGAGAUUGUGAACAACCUCAACGCAAUCGGAGAGUCUGUGCCGGGCCUGGUGUACCAGCCUCUAUUCAAAAGGAAGAAGGCGCUGGGUUUUUUAGAGGAGGAAGUGCGUUAUCCCAAAGAGUCACUCGCCAGCUUGGCUCACCUGGUGUUCGUCCAUCACCUGGCUGCCGACACCUUGCCCUGUGUCAUUCAUCCCGUGUUCCUUCUCCGUUGCAAUAUGGAACACGUCAGCCUCCUGCUGUCCAGAACUGAAGAGUCCAGGAUUCAGAAAGGACUGGAGCUUUAUGAAAAGAGUCUUGUGCGUGUGGAGGACGGCAGUCUGCCUGCAGACCUGCUGGAAAUCAAAACCUUCCGCACGGUCCCUCAGAACCUAACAAAAGUCAUGACGCUGUGUCCGAGACAUGAUUUGAGAACCAAAGGUCUGAAGGUGUUCCAGCUGAGCAUCAAUAAGUUUGAUGUCGAGGCCAAGUACCAUUUUUUCAAGUUCAUGCUGAAGACCGGUAAUCACUCAGGAGUGGAAGGUUACAUCAUCAAAAACAUCAGGAAUCAGAUCGAUGUGGCGCUCGGGCCUGGCAACGCUAACAGCUGGUUUGAGGGCAUUCAUCUCCUUCCUUUGCUGCGUUUGGUCUUCAGCCUCCCAGACGGCCCUGAGACUGACCUCCUGCAGUACCUGGAUAGAGUGAUGGAGUCUCUGAACCUGCUGCGUUACCUGGUCAUAAGAGACAAAGUGACAGAGAACAAGACGGGGAUCUGGACAGAGCUGUAUAAAAUAGAAGACGGAUUCAUGAAGCCCCUGCGUGUCGGGAUUAACAUGUCCCGAGCACACUACAAGAGGGAGCUUAGCACCACCACGGAGAAGAAGGCCAAAGCGGCAUCUGUCAUUUCUGUUUCCGUCGGUGACGAGAAGCUGCCAAACAUGAGCUCCGAAUCUCAGAUUCAGGCUCUCCAUUCCGCCCUGCACACCUUUGACAUGAUGGAGAGUGUGCUGGUACGAACGGAGGAGCUUACCCAUGUGAAAGCUGAAAUUUAGACCAUCAUUCCCGGGCUGGUCAGAAGCACUUCAGGAAAACUGCAUUUUGGCCAUCAUCCACAAUCUUUAUGUGGAACGUGAACUCACGUCUUUAUCUUUUCUGCGUAUUCUAAAGAAAGAAGAACAGUUAGCAUGAAGUGUCGGAGCACACGGGCCGUAAAUGUGGAGCUUUUACACCACGCCAUUUACCUUUAAAUGCAGGUCAGUUAUGGAAAUGGUAGGCUUUUUUGGAGGUCGAAAUAGGCGUGUCCUAUUACGUGCAUUGUUAACCCUUAACGGUUUUCUCUCUAGAACACCCAGAAAAGGGAAAGACAUGGUCAUGUUGAUGGGAAAAAUUACACAAUUUUCCUUUAAAACAAGUAUUUGGAAAAUAUGAAUAAAGCAUCUCAUGCCACCGUUUGUGCUUAUUAGUUUGCUAUAAUUAAACUAUGGAAAUCGUAGUUUAAUGCAGGGGGCCACUUAUG